UAAAGAAGACUGGAGGAAAACUAUCCCUGAAUAAAUAGCUGGCAAAUCACUUCCAUCCUGUGCCGAGAAAACUACCCGGAUGCGUCCGUGAAGCCAGCAGGAGAACUUGCGUAGAAUUUAGCACUAUGCCCAUUUUAAAAGUUCCGGUACAUCAUAACUUUGGCAUUGUGUCCCAUGAUGAGCACAAAAAGCUUAAUCAGAGACUGUUUACUAAAUACCUGAAAGAAUAUUCACUGAAUUUCAAGAAAAUAGCACGUAGAAAUCCACUUGAACUUACUGAAGAAUUCAUUGAGAAUUUCAAUAGAGCCUCAGAAACAGAAAGAAAAGAAGCAUUCAUAGAUAUGGCUAAAAAAAUGCUUGCCAGAUGCAAGAGACGACUGGGUCUCAGCGUAUUAGGUUGUGGAAGUUAUGUGAAUCUUCCAGUAGCAUGGACUGAGACAAUAAUGUUAUCACAGUGCAAAGGAGAAAUUAGCGAAGAAGCUCUUGAGAUUCUUGGAAUUUCAUUGGAUCAUGCCCCUGUUGCUCCAGAGCACAUCAGUAUUUUAUUUUUUGUAGCAGAAUGCAUUUUGUAUAAACUCUGUUAUAAUGUGGCACAGAAACCAUGGCUAUUCUCAUGUGAAAUCAAAUUGUCAAAGCUUGGAUUUUUAGUCUUUUUAAGACUUCUUCUGCUAUAUUUCUUUGGUUACCAGGGGUUUUCUGGAGAACACAAAUGCAGGCUUCACACUGGCUUGAAAGCAUUAACAGCAUGUGAAAUCUGCUAUCAACUUUACCCAAACAUUCUUUUUAUGGUGCAAUUUAUGCUGAAGGCUGGAGAAAUUAUUUGUGGAACAGCAGUGGUUUUUGAAUCAUCUUUAGAAACCCAGGAAAAUUUAAAAGAAAUGGAGGAUAAAGCAGUUCUUGACACAAUAUCCACGAAUACCAACACAGCAGCUGAGUUAAAUUCCAAACAAAAGCAAUUCAGAAUUAAGCCAUUUCUUUGGCACAGCCUUCUUGUUUGGGUUUGUGUACAUAAUAGCAGCUCCGAAAUAGAUGAAGUCCUCAUGCAUGUCCUAUUCUAUAAGGAACAGCUUCAUCAGGAAAACUGGUUGGAAUCAGUACUGGCCUUGAUGGUACUUGGAGAGACUGCCAAAUUAAACAUGUCGUGUCUGAAAGUUUUAAUGGACUUAGUGAAAUAUUUCAUUUCAAGCUCUGUGCCUCUUCAAAAACAGGAAAAGAAUAACAAGAAAAAGAUGUCAUGCUGGCACUGGCAAGUAGGAUACAUAUAUACAAAUAUCCUUAGAGAAAUCUGCUUGCAUGGCAUUACUGCAGAUUUACAAAAAACCGCUUUUCUUGGAUUCUGUGACUGCGCAAAAGAACAGGAUGAUGACAAAGAAUUCAGAGGAGCAAGUUUUCUUGAUCUUUUAAACUUCUGCCUUCCAUCUGAUGAUUAUAAUGAUCCAUUCUGGGUUAUACGUUAUGGUGUGAUCUACAAUCUUGUUAUCCUGCGUAGUGAACUCUCUGGAGAUGUGAAUCGAGAAGGAUUAAGAAAUGCUGUGUGGCGAUCUUUACAAAAGCAAAAGGGCACUGAAAAGGAUAGUCGAGUCCUGGAUGCAACAAAAGUAGCAGAAGUUGAAGCUAAAGGUCAAAUAAACACUUCCCUUGCAUCAAAAGAUCUAUUGAAUUCUACCUAUCUCCUUUCAUUCCAAUACAUUGGCUGGAGAGUCACUACUGCUAUGUGCCAUCACUUCCUGCCACCCAUUGGUCCCAACAUCCCUUUGCGACGCCUGCCUCAGCGGAAACCAGUAUCAAUGCCGCAUCAAGAAUUGGACCCAGUGGUUACAGAGAAGAAAACCAAACGCUUGUCUUUAAGGGAAGAACUUUUGCAAGCUGGGAUACCAAAAUAUCCAUAUCCAAAUUACUUUACAUGUAUGGAUAUGGAACUAAGGAGAAUCAUUGAUGCUCAGUGGGAAAAGGAAUUGCAAAUCAGGCUUAAGCUAGAAGAAAAACUCCAGGAACCAGAGCUUCAAGAAAAGCGAAAAUUGAAAGAGGAGAACUUCAGGCAAAUAAUGAUAUGGCGCUUUGAAAAGCUGCACAAGACAACCAAACCAUAUGAACUUCCCUUUAGGCAUGGAGACAAAGAACUAACAGAAGCAAGCAGCAGCACUCAGCUGUCAAAUCCACAACUGUCAGAAACAGGGGAACCAGCUAAGAAGAUAACUACACCUUAAAGGCAAAUAUGUGUAUUAAAGCACCUUCCCCCCUCUUUUUCUUAGUAAAAGCUCCACAAUAUUGAGUAAUGAAGUGUGGGUAAGAAAAUGAUAAACCAUAAUUGUCGCUGUAUUCCUGAUUGCAGUUGCUUCUCCAACAGUUUUUCAUUGUGGUGUUCCACAUGAGUGUCUAUAAGGAAAAAAAUACAUCAGAAGUCCUAUGAGGGAAGUCAGACCAGCUUGAGGGUAUUUUUGCGUAUAAAAACAGUGGAUGAGGGAAAGGUUAGGCACUUCCUCUCAUCAUACUGUUCCUCUGCUCACCAAGACAGCUUCCAGGAGCUGCUUUUCAAUAAAAACAAUCACAGCCUUCAGUUUCACAACACUGGUGUUCAAUGAGUAAUUGAAUUGUCUCCCUUGAACUACAGUGUUUAUGAGGAAUCCUUUUCUGGAAUAAUAAAUUUCUGGAACUUGUGUUUCUGGAUUACCUCA